AUGUACCUCUGGCUUGACGUGGUCCAUGACGGCCACAGGUUUUCAUCUGUGUGGUCCAUUGAAAUUCAAACAAAAACUAUGAAAUUUAGGGAUGUGCAACAUCAAAGUAAGCAUCGCCAUUGCAAUUCUAGGCAUAAGUGCUGGAAUCAUGGCAGGCCUAUGCUUUGCCAUACAGUACCACAACUGGUCCGCCACGAUUAUGGCGUUUAUCUCAGCUCUGGCAGCCUCGAUUUUGUUGUACAUUCAUAUGGCUUACAUGAAAGGAUGGAUGGUCGACUGGCCUCACGCCCGCUUUGUUUGCUUUACUUGGGCUGGAUGGGUGUUCUUCGCCAUCGGAAUGAUUGGUAUGACAGCAUGUCUAGUGAACGCCAGGAGUCAAGCACCAGACGUUGA